AUGCCUCCCUCCAAGUCGCAGAAUGGACUCAACGAUGGCUUGUUGGCUGUCUUGCCUGACAGCAAGCCAUGGUACACAAAAUCACAUCUCAUCAAGUUGCACUUCUGCAUCUUGUCUCUCUCGUUGUUCUCCUCUGCCAACGGCUAUGACGGAAGUCUCAUGAAUGGACUACAGGCACUACCUCAAUGGGAGUCGUUCAUGGACACGCCGACCGGUGCUUGGUUAGGCUUCUUGAAUGCCGUCUACUGGCUUGGGAUGGGCCUGUCCUACCCCUUGACUGCGUUCGUUGCGAACAAGUACGGGCGCAAGCUCGGUGUAUACAUCGGCUACAUCUUUCUGUUCUUAGGCUCCCUGGUCGUACUAAGCGAUGACCACACUGCAUUCGUGCUAUCUCGAUUCUUUGUUGGUUGCUCUUCAGCUUGGUUUGGAAACGCUGUUCCUCUCCUCAUCAACGAGAUCUCUCAUCCGGUCUACAGAGGCAUCCUGAGCGCUCUCUUCAUGUGCGGGUAUUAUUUCGGCGGCACUAUUGCUGCCUUCGUUACCUUUGGCACCCGUAAUAUCGAAAGUGACUGGGCGUGGCGGAUUCCAUCUAUCUUGCAGUUGCUGCUGCCCCUGGUCGCACUGCCUGGGUUACUGAUGACGCCUGAGAGCCCUCGCUGGCUUGUGUCUGUUGAUAGAAGUGAACAGGCUCGUACAAUUUUGACGACAUACCAUGCUGGCGGCAAUCCCACAUCGGCUUUAGUCGAGUAUGAGAUGGUCGAAAUCACCACUGCCAUCCGUCUCGAGUCAACACUGGACGAUGCAAGCUACGCAGAGCUGUUCAAGACAGCAGGCAACCGGCGCCGCCUGUUUAUAUCGGUCUCUCUCGGAAUUUUCUCCCAGUGGUGCGGCAACGGCGUUGUUUCGUAUUAUCUGGCGAUUGUCCUGAGAACUGUGGGCAUAACGAGUGUCACCCACCAGACCUUGAUUGCUGGUCUGCUGCAAGUGUGGAACCUUCUCUUCUCAGUAGGUGCUGCACUUAGUGUCGACCGACUUGGACGUCGCCCACUCUUCUUAGCCUCAGCUGGCGUUAUGCUUGUCGCAUACAUACUUGUGACAGCUCUCAGCGGUGCAUUCGCAGAAUCUGGCAGCCCUCCCACUGGUAUCGCUGUCAUACCCUUUCUAUUCAUCUUUUUUGCUGGCUAUGAUAUUGCUCUGACGCCUUUCCUGACAGCCUAUCCCUGCGAGAUCUGGCCAUAUAGGCUCCGAUCUCACGGUCUGACCGUUACCUGGAUUACGGUAGUAGUCGCCAACUUCUUCAAUACCUUUGUAAACCCUAUCGCCCUCGAAGCAAUCGGCUGGAAGUACUACUUUGUGUUCAUCGUCGUGCUUGUCGCAAUGGGAUUGACAGUGUACUUCUUCUACCCAGAAACCCGUGGGUACACUCUGGAGCACAUGGCAGUCAUAUUUGAUGGCGAUGAUACAGCAUCUUCAUCUCAGGAGACGACUGCAAGGGCAUCAAGCGUGGCCUCAAUCUCGGAGAAGAAGAACAACAUCAUGACUGCGCAUGAGGAGAAUAUUCGACAAUCGAGUUGA